GUUCGGCGAAGAAAAGAUCGGAGGUGGUUCGAGUAACUCAAGUUUUAACAGCCUCUAAACUUUCACCAAGAAGUGUUCAUCAAAAUACCCUUGCAGAAAAUAAGAAGAACGUUGCCAAACUUUCAAACGAUGUCAAAACGCCACCUCGAAAAAUUCUGUUCACGCAGAAAGACAAGAAGCUGACAUCCACUGUAUCAACAAAAGAUGGCACACGAGCUACGGUAAAAGGGGGUCGCGCGUCGCCCGGCGCUCGGCCCCCACAGCUAAACAGGGUCCCAACUGCUCCUAUUUCUAGGACUACAGAAGCUUUAGCCGUACUUGUUCAGCAUUUAGUAUUUAAUUUAGAAGCAUUCCAAACACCUUCCCUAAAAAAACAAAUUGAAAAGAAUAGAAUGAUAGCCGAAGAAGCAGCUCGUUUCUCCUGCAGACAAAUGGAAGAACACAUCAAAGAAAUAGAAGGCGAAAGGGCGCAGUAUCGUAAAGACAUCGAGGAAAUUAUGGAGCAACAUAGGAACGAUAUAAUGCAAUUAAAACGCCAGCAUUUGGAGACGGAACAGGAACUAAUUUCGGAGCACGAAAAUAUUAAAAGGCAACUGUCAUCGUGUCACAACGAGCAACUACUCAAACUCAGAGUGGAGUGUAACAAACUACAAAAAAGCCAUGGACAGUCCUUAGACAUACUGAGGGAGGAAAAUGACUCAAUCCGGGAAGAAAUUGAUGAUAAAAACGCGCUCAUUGCAAAACUAGAAAAAGAAAAAGAGAAGCAGUACAAGGAGUUUCAAAUUAAAGAAAAGCAGUACAAAGAAAAGCUCAAUUUGGCUAGUGAUGAAAUUAGUAGUUUAAAAUCCGAAAAUCUCAAACUCAUGAGUUACGUGUCCGCGGGAAAAGAAAACAAAUUACAGCUGGUGUUGGCGGAAGUAGAGUCCCUUCGGGCAGUGCUAGAACUGAAACAGACCGAUAUCGCGGAUUUGCGAAAGUUACUGGCACAAUCCAAUCAAAAGGCCGAACUAGUUCCACGAAUUGCCGAUAAAGUUUCCGUCCUGUCGGCCCGAUGUGAAGAUUUGGAAUCGCAGUUGGAAAGCAAGUCGGGCUACGAACAACAAUUACUCAUGGAGAAUAGGAAGUUGCAAGAGAGUCUCAAGGAAGAAAUGAACCACAGCGUUCGGCUGCGACAGCACAACGAAGAGCUGCAGUGGAAGGUGCAGCAAAACAAGGAGGUGGUCUCGCGCGUGAUCGAGGAAACCAGCUUUAGCCGCUGCCUGCACAAUUCGUACGAUAGAGACCUUUCGGAUUCUUCGCCGCCUAGUUCGCCGAAGGUGAAGGGAGUGGUGGAAAAAUCGGAUUCGGUCAGCUACGUGCUGGAAAUUGAAGAAAGCCCGCAGAUCAUCGCGAGUAGGAUUGUAAGGCGAAGCUUUCGCAAUUCGACGCCUCCCAAAACCAGUACGCCGUCAGUGAAGUGUAUGGAAAGGUCGAGUAAAAGUAGCAUUUCUGAUGUGUCUAGUAUAAAAUACGAUCAUAGUAUGGAUUUAGAAGACUUUAAUGAUGACGAUAUUCAAUUACCCCCACUGCCUAGUGAGAUCGGUCAAAAAAGUGUCGCCGAAGCGUUGCCAGUACCAAAAAAUUUUGCCGGGGAGGCGAUGACCUCACAAAGUAAUUCGGAUGAUGAAAGUACUACGAGUACUUCCAGUGGACAGUUAUGAGAUGAACUCUUUUUUUAAUUUUGUUGUUGUUAAAUUUAAUAAAUUGGAAUUUUAUUUUGUAACUUGAAAGAUGUGGGAUCCUGUCGCACUUCCAGGUUUGGAACAUUCUCUUUUGCUAAACCACUUGGUAUCUAUGUUGUUCUACAUGUAUGAUUUUAACAGUCCAUAAGUAUAAAAAUUAAUAUUGCAUGCAGUUCUGUACAGUUUUCAGUUUAAUGUUAGUAAUUGUAAAAUAAAGAAUUCCUUAUCGAUGAAGAAAAUAUAUAGUUAUACAUAAUAUCAGUAUUACUUUUAACACAUGAGGUUGUUUGUUGAAUAUGGUUUAUUUUUGUGGUAAAUAUUUUAAUACUAUGCAUUAUGAAGAAUGUGCUCUAAUUUUAAUAUCAGUAUUGAUUUUAACAACUUGACAAUUAUUAUGUUUGUGGUAAACGCUAUAAUACUGUGGUGGUAUGUGAAGAUUUCUCGUAUGUGUGCUCUACAUUUUUCAGAUUGAUUUUGUGAGCGUUUAUUUAUUGUGAGGUAGCACGACAUGAGGUGUACUAUACAAAUAGAUAUUUUAUAGAAUGUUAGGACCAAAUAGAUUUUCACAUUUAAUAUUUAUUGUAUAAAGUUGAAUGUUUUCUUAUGUAUAAAGUGUAAAAUAAAGUUAACUUGUAAACCUA